GCGAUUUCUAGUCAUUGUCUUCUCCAAACCGAAACCUCCGAUUUCAAACUCCCUGUCAGACACGGCCAAGGAAAAAAAAAUGGUUGAUGGUGGCAUGACUGUCCUAGACGGAAGCCAUCUCAGAUCGCUCCAGGUGUCCUUGCCGGACUCCGAGGUCACUCUCACCGGAGCUCAGGUCCUCGAUUGGGCUGAAUCCAAAGCCUCUGACGCACUCUUUGGUCUCUCAUUGCCUCCAUGUCUCAAGUCCUCCGCUCUCCGUCGCGUCAAUGUUGAUGAUGACGUCAGUUUCCGGCAUUCCGAACUCAUCCGUGAAGCUGCAACUUCUAAACUCAAUGACUAUAUCACUGCCAUAGCCGAUGAACUAAAAGAUAAUCCAUUAGUGGUGUCGAUUUUGGAUGGGAAUACUCUGCGGCUGUUUUUGGAGGACGAAGACGAUUUUGCAAUGUUAUCGGAGAAUAUAUUCACUGAUUUAGAUACUAAAGACAAGGGAAAGAUCAGCAAGGGAGAGAUAAGGAAUGCGCUUGUUCACAUGGGAGUUGAAAUGGGUAUUCCUCCUUUUGAAGAAUUUCCUCUGCUAAAUGACAUCUUAAAGAGGCAUGGAGCAGAGGGAGAAGAAGAAUUGGGCCAAUCACAGUUUGCUGAGUUACUUCAGCAUAUUCUACAAGAAGUUGCUGAUACUUUGGCUCAAAAACCUGUUGCUGUUAUCCAUAACAUUAAGAUUGUUAAUGGUUCUAAGCUAAGAAAGCUUUUGACCGAUGAGAAGCAACUGAACAAUGUCACGGAGAAGAUGUUGCAUAGAAAGAAGGAUGACCAAAAGAAUACAGAAAUAAUCAGGGGUUUCCUUGAAGAAAAUGGAAAAGAGUUGGGCUUGCCACCAUCAGAAGCCAACGAAGCAGUGAUCCUUCUUUAUGAUGCAGUAUUUGCUGAUGUAGAGAGCGGAAAAUGUGCUGCAGAAUCAGAAGAUGUAUUUAGGGAACUUGUGAAAGAAAUCCUUGAGAAGUUUGCAGAGCAGCUUGAGGCCAAUCCUAUCUACUGUGAUCUUGAUAAUUGAGGAAUGGCAACUGGCAAGUUGGUAUAUCUUAUAUAGAGUUGUUUGGCUAUGCUAUUGUUGUUUGCUCAGCAUUACAUUAUCACCCUCGCCAUUUUAACUUUAUUAUAUAUGUUCACGUUGAAAAUUUAUAUAUGAACAAACACAUACCUGCAUACAUUAUCACAUCAGUCCUAUAUCUUGGUUU